UCUUUUUUCUCACUUCAUUUUCUCUCUCUCUCCCUCCUCACAACCUUAAAGACUGGGCAUUUUCCGGCAUUGACUCGUUUAAGGAUUCUCAACUGACUCGGUUACAGAUCGGAAGAUUUCUCGGAGAUUUUAUUGAAGUUUCUGUGGAAAGGCUCAGGCAAUGCAGUAAGAAAGAAGAUGGCUAAAUCAAUGAAAUUUGAUGACUCGCCGCAAACUUUAGGCACUCGAAGCCAAUCGGUGGGACAGAAUCACUAACUAGAGCAGGGAAGCGGACGAAAAGCUAGAAACAGUUGGCAGGUAGAAUGGGUUCAAGGAUUAAUUAUGGAGAAAGAUUGAUUCUGAGUUCGUUCUUACCAGCAACGCCAGAGAAGCCCAUUCCAACAAGAUCCAAUUUGAUGCCAGCUGACGGGCAAGGGAACCUACAGGGCAGAACGAAUUGGCAGCUGGCUGGAUUUGCCGAUGGAUGUGUACAAGAUGUGUCGAAUUACAGCAGAGCGGCCCAGCAUAGUGACCAGAUUGAUCAACUGUUUAGAAAUGGCGGGGAUAAUGUUAGGAAUGCAGGUUUCGAAGAGGUGAAAAGAAUGAGCAAUACUACACGCAAUUAUAUAGAGAGUCAAACUGGAGGUCUGGGCAGUGGUUUAUUAGCAAAUAUUUUGGACCAUUCAAAUAUAUCUACAAUUACCUCUCCAAUGGCACCUCCUGGUAUAAGCACAAGCAUGGUUUGGAGGCCUUCGUUUCCCAACUUGCAUCCCCAAGUCAACAAUUACAGAGAACCCAAUUUGUUGCUCGGAAACCAAACUCACAGCUCAGGCUCACAGCAUUUGGGUAGCAACUAUAUCUCAUCCCAGGAACCCAAUUAUGAUCCUAUGAUGCCUUGCCCUCAUAACUAUGAUCUAAACUUUCCACCAAGAAUGGAAGCUGAUGCAGCCUCAUAUUUUACCACCUCUUUUAAAUUGGCCACGGUAGUACCGGAUCAGUGCAAGAGAUUGGAGAGUAGGCUUUCUGCAACAGCAAGUCCCUCGCAAGAAAAAAACUCAAGUGGGGAAAAGGAGAAAACUGAUUUAGUCAUAUUCAAAGAGUGCGAAGCCAAUCAACAUAAUUCAAAGGAGCUCUCAUGCAACAUUACAGACGCAUCAUCUGCUGUCAUAUCUACACCAUUUGAGGAAGCAAAAGAUCUAGCAACAGCAAAUGCACAAGGCAUCGACCUUAAUAGAACACCACAGCAGAAACCUCAAAAGAGAAGAAAGCAUAGGCCCAAGGUGAUUGUGGAAGGCAAGCCAAAAAGGACUCCCAAGGCUGCAACCACAAAAAUUACUGAUCCCAAGGAGAAGCCAAUUGAAAAGAGGAAGUAUGUUCGCAAGGCUUUGAAAGAGCCAGCAACUCAACCUACUGGAUCUACCGUAGAUACUGCACCUCCCAGCUCUGCAAAGAGGAAGUAUGUGCGCAAGAAGGCCCUGGAUGAAUCAGUAGUUCAACACACAGAUUCUAUUGGAGAGACCAUAAAUACCCAUGCUGUAAAGAGAAAGUAUGUGCGCAAGAAAGACCUAAACAAAUCAGCAAAUCGACAUGCAGACUCCACCAUGGAGAUUACACAAUCCAGUUCAGCUGAUGCAAAAUCAUGUAGAAGAGCAUUGAGGUUUGAUUUGGAAACUGCAACAGACAGGAGCUGCAGUAAUGCAGCUGCUCAGCAGGACAUGCUGAAUCAAAAAAGAGGGACUUUUGAUCUGAAUGCAAGUCUUCAAGUGGCAGAUUUAAGCACCACAACUUCACAGAUGAGCCAACAGCAUAGGUUACUGGUAGAAAACCAGCAAUCAGGUGCUCCAAGUAACCAGACACCUUUUAUGAAUCAGCCACGUGGUGACUAUAUAUCCAUUUCAGAAAUACUAGUGGCAGCGGAACUAACACCAAGAAAAAACAUGCACAUGGAGAAAUUAAACCUCAAUGCGGGGGAUGUGGAGAGAAGUAUCCAUGCACAAGGAAUUGGUCAGGUUGUGUUUCCAGAAAAAGGACCAGAGUGGACUAGACAAAUAACUUCUCAGAAUAACCCUCAAUCAGCACAAAAGAUAACACCUUAUUUAAUUGAGGGCAGAGGAUCCAAGAGAGAACACUUUCAUAUUAAGAAAACAAACCCGUGUACAGCAUAUCCAGUGGGCUCAUUGACUGAUGGAUAUGACCAAAAUGGCAGCAUUCCAGGUUCUGGAUGUUCAGAGACCCAGAAAAGAAAGAAAACAGAGGAUGGAAUUCAAACAAACACACACAGCAUAUCUUCUUUUGUUUCAAAAGUUAAAUAUCCUGGUGAGUGGUAUGUUCACUCUAUGGCUCUGCAGAACCUUCCAAAGCAAUGUAUUUCACCUCAACCACAUUUAAGCCUAGAAAUGCUGGGAGAGACUAAUGGACCGACUCAGGUCCAAAACUCCCUCUGCCCCACCACUAUAGAAACUUCUCACAGGCUUUCACAAACGUCUCUCAAAACAAGCCGUGCAUCGGAUAAACAACUCCAACCCAAAACUUGCAACGCUGAAAUGUCAAGAAUUCAGCAAAUGUCAGAAGCUACUGUGCCCAUAUCAAUUCCAUCUGAAAAGGGUAAGAUUCCACAAGAACCAAAGGAUGACUUGAAAGUUCAUCAGCAGCCAUAUGCAAAGAGAAGAGGGCGACCAGCAAAGCAGACUUUCUCCUCUACAAUAGAACAAAUCAUAUACCAGAUGGAGGGCCUCCGUCUCAAUGCAGGGAGCAAGAAAAUAGAAAACAAAGAGCAAAAUGCACUUGUUCCUUACAAAGGAGAUGGUAAACUUGUUCCCUAUGAUGGGUUUGAAGUUGUCAAGAAACACAAGCCAAGGCCUAAAGUAGAUCUUGACCCAGAGUCAGACAGAGUAUGGAAACUGCUGAUGGGGAAAGAAGGAAGUCAAGGCCUUGAAGGAACUGACGAAGGAAAGGAGCAAUGGUGGGGGGAAGAAAGAAAAGUUUUUCACGGGCGAGUUGAUUCAUUCAUUGCAAGAAUGCAUCUCGUGCAAGGAGAUAGGCGCUUUUCAAAAUGGAAGGGAUCAGUUGUUGAUUCAGUAAUAGGAGUUUUCCUAACUCAAAAUGUUUCAGAUCAUCUGUCAAGCUCUGCCUUCAUGUCUCUAGCUUCAUUGUUUCCUCUGAAGUUGAGAAGCAGUGGAGCCUGUGACAGAGAAAGGACAAGCAUCGUCAUUGAAGAACCAGAUACCUGCAUUCUAAACCGAAAUGAUAUCAAAUGGAACAGCAAUCCACUCUACAAUCAAAGCUCCGUGACACACCAUGGAUCAGCAGAACCUCAUAAAGACUCUGAAACCUUGUUUAUAGAAAGAGCAAGCAUGGUAGAGACACAAAGUCACAGCCUGGAGGAAGAAUUUGUAUCAUCACAAGAUUCUUUCGAUUCCUCAACUGUCCAAGCAAAUGGAGUCAGAUCCUACUCGGGCUCCAACUCUGAAGCAGAAGAUCCUGCUACUGGGUGCAAACCUAGCAUGAAUGAUGAUUUAUCUUUCAUGGAUCUUUUACAGAUGGAGAGUCCCACCUUGCUAGGAGAAUUUUAUGGUUGUGAGGGUGGGAGCUCACUGUUUCAUAAGGAAUCCAGGCAUGAAAAGGAACAAGCAGAAGAUUUACAAAACAGGCAGCCAGGACCUGGAUUGGAAAGAUUAGGUAAUCUGAACUGCUUUUCUACAUAUAAUCAGCAUUUCGAUUAUUGCAAUCCACAGAUGCUACGGAAAGUGGUUCCUUGCAGUGACUACGGGUUGCUACACAUGACUUCACAAUCCAAUGUACAGCAAGCAGAAGGCUUCGAAUUGUACAGUGAAGAAAACAUGUCUUCUUGGCUGUCAUAUUCUUCCAGAUUCGACAAAGAAAAGGCUGCAACCUGCACAAGCAAAGCUGUUGGACAAGAGGCAGAAAGUGUAGGUAAAACUGCUGCCAAGCAAUAUGAGUUGCCAAGGUAUGGACAAAGCAGCUCUCAGACUUGCCAUGAAAGACAAGUUGAUAAGAGGAACAAGACCUUGCAAUGGCAAAGCAUGUCAGUUGGCGGACCUGUAAACCUUGCUGAAGAACUGCCCAAGAAGCAAAACAGUUACAGACAGCAAGUCUCUAGCCUCACAGGAAACAUUUUUGACGUUGAGAGAAUCACUUCAGUGAAUAAGCAAACCCCUCUAGAAAACAAUGUGGUUGACCCAAAUACAAAGGAGAAAGUACAUCAUAAUAACAGGGAAAACCUCAAGGCAAAUGCAAGUACCUCAAAAGCAAGAAAAGGAAAAGUGGAGGGUGAGAAAAAGGAUGUAUUUGACUGGGAUAGUUUAAGGAAGCAAGUGCAGGCAAAUGGAAGAAAAGAGAGAGCCAAAGACACGAUGGAUUCCUUGGACUAUGAAGCAGUGCGAAGUGCUAGGGUCAAGGAGAUUUCUGAUGCGAUAAAAGAAAGAGGGAUGAAUAACAUGCUAGCAGAACGAAUCCAGGAAUUCCUCAACCGACUGGUAAGGGAACACGGAAGCAUCGAUUUGGAAUGGUUAAGAGAUGUGCCCCCUGACAAAGCAAAGGAUUAUCUGCUAAGUAUAAGGGGGUUGGGGUUGAAAAGCGUGGAGUGUGUGAGGCUCCUGACACUUCAUCAUCUUGCCUUUCCAGUUGACACAAAUGUCGGGAGAAUUGCAGUUCGACUAGGAUGGGUCCCUCUCCAGCCACUGCCAGAGUCACUUCAGUUGCACCUCCUAGAACUGUACCCAAUACUCGAGUCAAUUCAGAAAUAUCUCUGGCCAAGAUUGUGCAAACUAGAUCAAAGAACAUUGUAUGAAUUGCAUUACCAGAUGAUCACAUUUGGAAAGGUUUUUUGCACAAAGAGUAGACCCAACUGUAAUGCAUGUCCCAUGAGAGCAGAAUGUAGACAUUUUGCAAGUGCCUUUGCAAGUGCUAGGCUUGCAUUACCUGGACCAGAAGAGAAGGGUAUAACAACUUCAACUGUUCCCUUUAUGCCUGAAAGAAGCCUCGGUAUAGGUAUCAAUCCCAUGCCAUUACCUCCACCUGAGGACAACCCACAUAAAAGACACGGGUCUGAUAUUGGCAGUUGCGUGCCCAUUAUUGAAGAGCCAGCAACACCAGAUCAAGAGAACACUGAAUUAACAGAGACUGAUAUUGAGGAUUUUGGAGAAGAUCCUGAUGAAAUACCCACAAUAAAACUGAACAUGGAAGAGUUCACUGAGAAUUUACAGAAUUACAUGCAUACAAACUUGGAGCUCCAAGAAGGCGACAUGUCCAAGGCCUUAGUUGCUUUGAAUCCAAAUGCUUCUAUACCCACACCCAAAUUGAAGAAUGUUAGUCGUCUACGGACAGAACACCAAGUGUAUGAACUUCCAGAUUCACAUCCUCUCCUUGAGGGGAUGGAUAGAAGAGAACCUGAUGAUCCUAGUCCAUACCUUCUAGCAAUAUGGACACCAGGUGAAACUGCAAAUUCUAUUGAGCCACCAGACCAACAAUGCCAGUCCAGAGAACCAAACAAAUUGUGCGAUGAGAAGACAUGUUUUUCAUGCAAUAGUAUCAGAGAAGCUAAUUCACAAACAGUAAGAGGAACCCUUCUGAUACCUUGUAGAACAGCCAUGAGAGGAAGCUUCCCACUGAAUGGAACGUACUUUCAAGUGAACGAGAUGUUUGCAGAUCACGAAUCUAGCUUAAACCCAAUUGAUGUUCCAAGAUCAUUAAUAUGGAAUUUGCCAAGACGAAUUGUCUACUUUGGAACCUCUGUAUCAUCAAUAUUUAAAGGACUUUCAACGGAAGGAAUUCAGUUCUGCUUUUGGAGAGGGUUUGUUUGUGUGAGGGGGUUCGACCAGAAAACAAGAGCACCCCGUCCUCUUAAGGCCAGAUUGCACUUUCCUGCAAGUAGGUUGGUAAAGACAAAGAACGAGAAAAAAUGACAAGCAGGAGAGCAGGAUGCGAAGUUUAACAGCAAUAGUUCUGACCAGCAAGUCAUAGCUAGCUUAGUGAUGAAGAAAGAUCAUUGACUAACUUUCUGUUGUAGAUUCAAGUGUUCUUCCUCUAACAUGAGAUGCAUUACGAGAUCCAAGCUGGGCACAAAUUUCAAGUGAAGCGGUACAACAGCAUCGCUAAUGGGGUUGAGCUGAUGCUAUCCCAAUUACAGGAUCCAAGCGCAGCUGAAAGAAUUUUCCAUGUGAAAUUGUAGUAUAGCAUGGCUAGUGGAAUUUAGUUGAUUUCUUAGUUUUUAUGAUGCCUUUUUCUAGUCAUGCUCAAAACAGGGCCGUUCUUCGAAAACGAGUCAAUGUGAACAGCACUUCUCCCAUCCAAAUUAUUUCAAUUCAUGCUCGAAGCAGAGCUAUUUUCAAAAA